AUGUCAACCACAUCACCGGUGGAAGAAACCACCACCACUUCUGGGAGACCGCUCCCCCUUCCACAUGGCGACCAGCACAUCGCCCUCAUCGGCCUCGGCGCCAUCGGCAUCUCCUUCCUCGCCCUCCACCUGACAUACACGUCGGCCACCGUCUCCGUGUACGACCCGCGGCCGGACCUGCAGGCGCACGUCGCGAGGAUGCUGCCAUUAUACAUGCCCGUGCCUCGAAGAGGCACAUCCGACUGUGGCGACAACAGCGCCGGUGAAAGCACGAGCGCCAGCACCAGCGACAUCUCCCCGCCCGCCGACUCGUCCGCGGACUCCCUCGUCUCCUCGCUCGUCACCUCGCGCCGCCUCCGCUUCUGCACCUCUUUGGGGGAGGCCGUCGCCCACGCGACCGUCAUCCAGGAACAAGGCCCCGAGACGCUCUCCUUCAAGCAGGCCACGUGGUCUGAAGUCCUGCGGUGCACGUGGCCCAACACGCCGCGCUUGUGGUCCUCCACCAGCGGGAUUCCCGCGUCGAGGCAGCUAGAGCACUUGACGUCCCACGCCCACCCAGACUCGACCUCAACCUCAACCUCAACCUCAACCUCAACCUCAACCUCAACCUCAACUUCAGCAUCGACGGACACGACCUCCACCUCGGCCUCGGGUUCCGCCCGCUCUCGCCUCCUGGUCGUCCACCCCUUCAACCCACCCCACCUAAUGCCCCUGCUCGAACUCGUCCCCUCGCCAAGCACAUCCGCCGAGUCCGUAUCCUUCGCGGAAUCCUACUUCCGCACCAUCUCGUCCGUCCACCGCCCCAUCACGAUCCAGAAAGAGACGGCCGGGUUCGUGGCCAACCGUCUGUCGUUUAUUUUGUUCCGCGAGGCGUGCAGUCUCGUGGCCCGCGGCGUGUGUACGGUCGAGGAGUUGGACGAGGUCGUCCGCGCGAGUUUGGGGCCGAGGUGGGCGGUCGGCGGCCCGUUCCGGAUGUAUAAUUUCGGUGGCGGCCAAAGGGGGGUGGCUGGGUUCUUGGAGAAUAUCGGCGGGGCGAUUCAGGGGGUCUGGGAGGAUGUUGAUCGCCAGAGGGAGAGUGGGGGUGUUGUGAUGGAUACGGAGGGGGAGGCUGUGCGUGAGGGUGUGCGCGAGGCAGUGCACGAAGGUAUGCGUGAGAAGGUGGAUGAAGAGGCGGCAGAAGCAGCAUCCGUGCGUGACUGGAAGAGGGUCGUCACGGAGCAGACUGUGCGCGCGUACGGGGUGCCUUCGGCGCAGGAUGUUAGGGUGAGGGAUCGCGCGUUGGGCGAGGUUGUCGCCUUGCAGGGGAGGCUUGAGCGGGAGGAAAAGGCAGGGAAGGAGGGAGAGGAGAAGUAG